CCACAGACUCCUCACCCACACCUGCUGUCCUGAGCGCGUUAUAAACCGCUACAAUGUUCAGAAUGACGUCACGUCUCGACUUUAACCGUCGCUUGAUUGAGUAAUUAAUGAUCUUUAAUCUCACUGUCUGUAGUUUAAAUGGAAACCGUCUCCAGGCAGAAAGUCUCGCGGAGCCUCAAGUGCGCGCGCUGCCGCAAUCACGGCUUCAUGGUGCCGUUGAAGGGUCACGUGGGCCAGUGCCGGUUCUCACGGUGCGGCUGCUGGAAGUGCGCCCUCAUCGCCGAGCGCAAGAGGAUCAUGUCAAGGCAGAGGGUGAUGAAGAAGCGUCAGCGCGAGGAGCAGGAGAGAACCGGGCACGGUGACCCGGCAUCGGGUGUCAGAGCGCGUGUCACCAAGAGCCCGGUGCGCGCCACGCACAUGGUGGAUAACACGUGCACCGAGCUCGAGCCACCGGAACUAACGGAGAGCGGUGCGUGCGUUCCGACUGCCAAUACGGAGAUCGCGCAAAAGUCCUCCGAUCACUGCAAAGGGAGUCAUGAUAGGGCCGUGAUUACAGACCUGCCCCAUUUGCCGUGGGAGAACUCCGUAGCAGAAAUACCCCAGAACAUUGUUUACUCAGGUGAUCUGCCCAUGAUUAUUCACCUCCACCUGCACACUCACUACACCAACACUUUCACACCUCCGGCGUUCCUGGUCAGCUUUGGAGCGUCUCCACUUGGAGCCAUCGGCCUUCCUCACGUCCCCCAAGGCUGCACUGAUGGAGUCCAGACUGGAAGGUCCUGGUUUCGUCUACAUGCCGUAUCUCCUUCAUCUGAGAGCUGAUCACUACCACCAACACGUGACGGAGAGGGCAGACGGAGCCGACGUGCCUCCUAUGUGACACGAGUGGGACUCGGGUACGAGGGAUCAGGUCUGAAGUUAGCCAGCGAUGAACAACCAGACCUCCAGAGACGACUUUUCCUUAAACGAUGAUUAAAAAAAAUCUUCUUUCUGAACAAUGAUUUCACUCUAAAAUGUGAUGAAUGAAUCUUUUACAUACAUUUCUUUAUUUUGAUGUAAAUUAGUUCAGAUCGGAUAACGAGUCCCUAAAUGAGGGCUUUAGUAAAUUCCUCACGCUCUGAAAUCUAAUCUAUAAUAAACAAGAGCUGUGUUCAUUAGAAGCCUGAGAAGGAAUUGGUUUAUUACUGUAAACUUCAGUGGUAUUUUUAUUUAAAUCGAACCCAUAAUGCGCUGCAGUUCUGAUAAAAUGCUAUUAUUUUCUAGAAUAAACUUUGCUCACCAUCGCAGGAGGUAAUGAUUAGGCUCAGGUUUUACACCGACACUCUUAAUAAUGUUCUGUUCCCUAUUUCAUCUGUCGAUGACCAUUAAAGAGGAUUUAGUGCAAAUGUUUUCUACUACACUGUUUACAAAGUUCUUCUAAUAAAUGUUUUUCAUUGUG